AUGAAAGUUUUACUUGGCAAAAAGAAGGAUGGAAAAUCUGCUACACCCAGUACCACUAGCUCGGCUAAUUCAUCAACACACAACAAUGUAUCGACGAACGCUUCAUCCACUACCCAGGUCGGAAGUACAGCUUCCCUUCACGGCGGGUCGGGCUCUGGGAGUGAGAGAAAUAAACUUCGCAUUCCCAAAAGUCAUGACGUGUCCACUAACUCAUCUAGCACCGUAGUAGGUAGCUCAUCAAAUUCCACAGGGGGUGGUAAGGCAGAUUCUGGCAAUAAGAGCCAUCGCGAGAAAGAUAAACAUCACGGGUCUGACACCUCAUCGUCUAAAGCUCCAGUAACGAAAUCAAGACCAGAAUUAAAAGCAUCUAAAAGUUUGCUGCCAAAUAUCUCUCUAUCACGUACAAAGCUUGAUGCUGAGGAAAAGGAGAAGAAUAGGAGACUCGAAGAAGAACAUAAAAGAUUGGAGACGACAAAGCUCGGACAUUUCGAAUACUUCAAGGUAAGAGAAGCGGCCAAAUCGGAGCAAUCAAGGUUACAGCGAGCGAAAGACUAUCUGGAGACUCUAGAGGAAAAUUUGGAUGUAUUAAAGUAUCAGCUAGAGAAAAUCAAGCAGAAGAUUCAAGAGGAUGGAUUAAAGGGAUCAAAGUAUGAGCUAGAGGAAACCCGCCGGAAGAGUCUAGAGAAAGCUAUACUCGCGACUGAAGAAGAAAAGGGAAAGCAAGAGAGUGAAGUGGAAUUUAAAAGGAAAAUUCGUAAUAAUGCGGACGCAGAACUCGCAAAAGUCCACAAACAAGACGACGAAAUAGCGGACGAACAAUCGAAGAUAUUGAGCCAAAUGAGCGAGCGCAAUUCUUACAGGGUCAAAGUGGAAAAAGCAAUGAAAAAGGAAGAUGAAGAGCGUCAACAAUUGAAGAUUAAACAAGACGAAGAAGAAAAGAGGGCCAACGAGGCUAGAAGGCAGGCGGACCAGAAAAGAAUCGCAAAUGAUGAGGCGAUAGAAGACCAAAAAGUAAGGAUUAGAGGCGAGCUGAUAAAGUGCAAAGAUUCAAAAUUUGAAAAGUCAAAGUAUGAUCAUAGUAAAAUGAGAACACCAGAAAGAGAAAGGGAAAGGGGAAAAUGGAAAACAAUACUUCCCAACCCUGAAUGA